AUGCGCUCUUUAUCCGACCUCCCCGCGCUCUCAACGCUAGCCCUACUUCUCACCUACUCGCUAUUUACUACCGCAACCCCGCUUGCACUGGAGGAAAACGUCCUUGAAAAGCGCUGUGCAAACCCCUGUGGUUACGACGGCUGGCUUUGCUGUGAAACCGGGCAGACAUGCACAACCAACAGUGAGAACCAGGCCGUCUGUGCAAACAGCGGCAGCGGCGGUGGAAGCUACCAAUACUUCACCACCAUCUACACGCUCACCGAAACCGACAAAUCCACCAUCACCUCAGUAUGGAGUAGUCAAAUCGCCGCAGCCACCAGCACAGGCACCUGCAGAGUCGACCUCGGCGAGACGAAGUGUGGCACGAGAUGUUGUGAGGCUGCGCAGGAGUGUGAUAACGGUGAAUGUGUUGCAGAGAGCUCUUCCGUUGCAAUCACUGCCACAGGAUCAGGCGCAGAGGCUACACCCGGAGUGCGACAGACGAGUAAUGGCGCCAGCACCGUCACGCAGACAUCGGCACCCACCACGACCGAGGGAUUCACCGCGCCUGUCGGAACGGACGGGGCAGACUUGAUCGGAGUCAAGGCUGCAAGCAGUGGCGGAGGAUUGAGCGGUGGUGCAAUUGCAGGAAUCGUCAUCGGCACGAUUGCCGGUGUUAUCUUUUUGCUGCUCCUUUGCGCCUGCCUGUGCUUUAAGGGUGCCAUCGAUGGCCUGCUUGCUGUGCUCGGAUUCGGCAAGCGCCGCAAGAGAGACACGACUUAUGUUGAAGAACGACAUUCUCACCAUUCGCACGGCAGUCGACCUCCUCCUGCGGGCCGGACGUGGUUCGGAAGCAGACCUCAUGCGGGUGGAAGUGAAGUCAGCGAGAAGAAAUCCACCUUCGGCUGGGGAACCAUCGCCAUUGUUCUGGGUGCCCUUGCUCUCUGUCUAGGAUUGAAGAGGCGCAAGGAUAGAGAUCACGAUGACGAUAAGACGGAGUCUUCAUAUCCCAGCUCGUACUAUUACUACUCCGACUAUUACACGAAUAGUAGCGCUAGUUCGGACAGACGAACUCGCGAUACGCGACGAUCACGACGAUCGCGCACUCGCUCGGGCCGUUGA